AUGUCUCGCAAGUCGCACUCGCGCUCCCCGCCGCCGCAGAACGCCGACAACACAAGGCAGGCCCGCCCCUUGACCCAGAAGCGCUCCGACUUUGAUCGCGAGCCCAAUCCCUUCGAGGCAUCCUUCAAUACAGUCACGUCUUCCAACAUCCGCAAUGCGUCUCCCAACAACGAUUCAUCUGCCGACUCAAAGUCAGACGACCCAUCCCGCAACUCCCGCUCCCCAUCCCGCAAUUCAACUAGUAACAGGAGUGCCUCCCCAUCUCGCCCAGUCCUCCCGCCACUCGCCUCCAUCUCAUCUCCCGCUGACACAUCCUAUGCCUGGGGCUACCCGAACAACGACAUCAAUUCUCUCCGCUCAGGUCCCCUCUCCCCAGCCAUGCUUGCAGGCCCUCAGCAACAACCCAGUCAGCCUCCCCAUAUAUCCUUCGACCAUACCGCCUUCAGGACAGGCCUCACCCCCAGGACAGGUCUCACCCCAAGGACGGGCCUCACUCCAGGCACAGGUCUGACGCCCCUUGUCGGGGGUCCCGUCUCCUUCCCUCCGGCAUCUCCAGGCACAUCGGCCCUCCUCGCCAUGAUGAACGGCGGUCAGCCUCCAAACGCAAACGGCACCAUCACCCCCAAUACCAUCACUGCACUCUCUGGCGUCCUCAACAACACCAACAAUACCAACAACAACUUUGCCUACCAUGCCCCUCCACAGCCCAAUCACGAUUCCUCUUAUCACCAAGCGAAUGGUCUCUUCUUGCUCUCACAGGCCCACCAGGAGCUCGAGAAGCGCGAGCUCUCGGCUCAGCAACAGGCAGACAAUGCUGCCACAAACGGUACGGCUGCAGCCACUAACACCUCUCAGGCAAACGGCAAACGCGCCACCAAGCGCAAAUCUUACGAGGCUGCAUCUCCCCCCGCCGCUUCACAACCAGCGGCCAAGGCUGCCACUGGCAACAAGCGGACGCGGUCAGCAACCGCUGCAGCUGGUCGUCGUAAGACCAGCCCUCGAACAUCCGAAGGCGGCGACGACGAAGAUGAAGAGGGCGAAGGUGAACAGGAAGAGAUGCAAGGUCAAGAAGAAACACCCGCUCCUGCUGCUACCAACGGCACGAAGAAGGCAAAGAAGCCCGAGACAGAGGAGGAAAAGCGAAGGAAUUUCUUGGAGAGAAAUCGACAAGCCGCUCUCAAAUGUCGACAGCGCAAGAAGGCCUGGUUGCAGUCUUUGCAAGCCAAGGUCGAGUUCCUCCAGACAGAGAACGAGCAACUCAAAACCGCCUUGGUGGCCUCUCGCGACGAGAUCUCCCGUCUUUCCCAGCUCGUUGGAGGCGCUGGCGUCGUCGGCUCCGUGCCAAUGGGUGUCUCCGGCCCUGGCGUUCAGCCCAUCAGCAUGAACGUCUCCCUUUCAAGUAAAAGUGGUGCCUCUGCAGCAACGGCCGGGUCGAGGACUUCAGGUUAUGGAUAUUAGCGCUAGCCAUCCGGUACGGGGCGUUAUUUUUUUCGCCCACGUCUAGCUGCUCCAUCCGCACAUCUGCUGGGUCAGGAUUCUCCGCUCUGGAUUCACCAUCCAUGGGG